GUGUUGACUGUGGCGUCGGGAGGAGAGGUUGCACGGCUUUCGCCUCUCCAACACCUCCACCACCACCACCACCACCUCCUCCUCCACCAUUGCUCCACCACGUCCCUUCGCCGCUGAGUUACCCUGACCGUAUAGGUUGCUCAGAUACCCCGUCUGGCUGAUAUAUAUCGAGAAAAGGAAUAUCUGUGCUGCGUUUAGAAAAAAAAUUGAGUAAAGGAAAAAAAAUAUAGAAAAGAAUACACAGCCGUAAUUUGAAUUAAGAAUAAAUAAAAUCAGAUCAAUCAUAAAUAAGAAAAGUCAAUAAAUCGUUUGUUUUGUUUUUUUCUGUCUAUCAAUCUUCUUUCUCUCUCUGUUUUUUCCUCCUCUUCUCUCUCUUACUCUGACUCUCUCUCCCUUCUUCCAUUCCCUCCGCGAUUAUUGCCUUAUCUCGCACCUCCCCCUUUCGCUCUCUCCCACCUGCUCGUUUACUGCCUGUCUCUCCAUGCCCUCUCGGUUAUUUUUAACCUUCUCGAGCCCUCUGGACCUGACUCGUGUGCUGGCAGUCGCUUAGGAACCCGCGUGCCCAGGUCUCCUCGCGAGGCAGACUGCACCGAAAAGCCCAGUAGUUGUGUGAAGUGCCCAAGGGAAACACGAACUCAGGGACACAGGGGACGUCUCGAAGAAGGUCUGCACCCCAAAAACACCCCCUUCGAUCAGCGUCUUGAAGAAGAGGAGUGAGAGAGAAGUUCUUGAGGUCCCAUUUUUUGUUUCUGUGACUACUUCUGCUACUGGUCCUUCCUGCCGUGUCUUCUGUGUUGUCGAAGGUCCACCAGGAUGUUGCAGGACAGCGAGAUGCCCGGGUUCUUCAAGGACUACUUCAGGGUCAUCCGGAAGUCGGUCUCCAACGACGAGUUCAACCAGUUCUCGAAGCUCAAGACGGACGCCGAGCGAGUCAGGUUCAUCUUCAACCUUCCCGCCGCGCACGAGAUUGACAUCCAGACUUUUUACAAGGGCAAAUCCGAGAAAGAGGCCAUGGAAAAGAAGGAGGCUGGAAACAAGCUCUUUGGGAGAAAGAAAAAUAUGGAGGCACUUAAAUUAUACAGCCAGGCGGUGGUACAUGCACCUGUGCCGACGGGUAAAUAUUGGAGGUUAAUCAAGGAAUGCGCUGACCCCAAAAAGAUGACCUUGUAUGCCAUCUGCCUCGCCAACCGGUCAGCGGCGCUUUUCCACCUGAAGGAGUUCUACUACUGUAUCAAGGACAUUGACGAAGCGCUGGAACACCAUUAUCCCAGGGAACUCAAGCACAAAUUGUACAAGCGGAAGGGUCGACUGCUCGUCAACAUGCGGCAGUACGUGGAUGCUCGGGAGGCCUAUCGACAGGCCCUCAAGUGGUUAGACUGGGCCAAGGUCGAGCGGGAGAAGAGAAUCGACCUGCAGGGCGAUGUGCAAAAAUGGCUGAAGAUGUUCGAGGGUUCGAAAAACUUGGUGAAUCAUGAAAACGAGUUCGACCCCUCCGUCCUGUUCCCGAAGGUGCCCGAACUCUGCCAGGGCAAGAACGAGCAGUAUCCUUCCCUCAGUAAAAAGAUCACCAUCAACGAGGACAACAGCCAAGGCCGUUACGCCAUCGCCAAAGAGGACAUCGAGCCUGGUGAUGCCCUGGUCACAGAGAAGCCCUAUGCCUCCGUCUUACUCAGGGAGGAAUUCGGAAGCCACUGCCAGAAUUGCUUCAUGCUGACGAAAGCGCCUGUCCCCUGCAAGAAGUGCUCCAGCGUCCUCUUCUGCUCCGUGGAAUGCCGCAACGCCUCCUACUUCCACCAAAUCGAGUGCCCGAUCCUGGACCUGCUUGUGGGUUCCGGCAUGUCCAUCAACUGCUUCCUUGCCUUCAGGAUCAUCACGCAGUCACCCAUCUCCUUCUUCCUGGAGAUGCAGGACAAACUCGAGAAUGAAAAGCUUAAGGAAACGACAGAGGCCAAGGAACUUUAUGACCCCACGGACUUCUUCCGCCUAUUCAACCUUGUCACCCACUCUGAACAGCGCACCCCUGAAGACUGGUUCCAUCGCACCUGUAUGGUCGUCUUCUUGCUGAAAGCUCUGAAGAAGACCAAGUACUUUGAGGAUAAGGGUACACAAAUCAAUUACCCACUUUUUAAGGAUAAAGUGGACAAGGUGAAUGAUGUUGAAGCCUACAUUGGGGCUCUGCUUCUCCACUUCCUUCAGGUGGUGCAAUUCAAUGCCCACGAAGUCUCAGAGUUUGUGACGUUAACACCCAAGUCCUUGACUGGAGCCAAGAACGAGACAAUUGGUGCUGCUAUUUAUCCUACACUUGCCCUUUUCAACCACUCCUGCCAUGGUGCACAAGUCAGGUACUUCAGUGGAAACCGUGUAAUUACCAAGGCCAUAAGACACAUUGCCAAAGGAGAGAUCGUCCCAGAGAACUACGGCCAGCAUUAUGCCUCAAAGAACAAGAGCCAGCGGAGGAAUGCCCUGCUUGACAGAUACUGGUUUGAGUGCAGCUGUGAGGCUUGUCAGAAAGACUGGCCUCUGUUCAAGGAAAUGGAGCACAAAGUGAUGUACUUCAAAUGCCACAAAUGCCAAGGUCCAUUGCCAGUCAACAUUGCCCAGACAGUCAUACCAUUCUUCAAGUGCGACCGCUGUGGAGACCAGACAAAUAUCCUAGGAGCUCUGAAGAACUUGCAGAACACUGAGCAGACAUUCAAGGCCGCAUGUAAAGAGAUGGAGACCUUCGACUUGGAGAAGGCCGAGUCUCUCCUUGUUGAGAACAUGAAGCAACUGGAUGCAGUCCUAUACCCUCCUUACAAGGACUACCACCUCACCCAGGAGGCUUACAUGCGUUGCUGUCUCCACGCGGGCAACCACAGAGUAGGAGAUCCCAAACCCGACCCCAAGCCUGAAGAAUCCUAAGCUGGAAAAUGGAGGAGAGCCAUUCAAGGCAGUUUUUUUUUAUUUCUUUUUUUUUCUAAGGAUGGAAACAGCUUUACUUCCAAGGCUUGUCAAUGGCCAUGUGUUUUGUGAAAGUUACACAUUUGUAUAUCAGGACAACUGUUAUUAUUGUAAGGUCAAUAGGUGAAAUGUUUCUACAAAUCCUAUAUACAAAAGCACCAUAGUUUUGACUAGGCUGCUGUGUAUGUAGUAAAGUCUAUUGAAAUUAAAAGUCAUUUAUUACAUUAAGGUAAAAGAAAAAGAAAUGGUAUUAGUUGUAUUGCUUUGCUGAGCAUGUUAUUUGCUUAAGCGAUUAAAUAAGGUAACAAAUUGGGUUUAUUUCUUAUGAAAGUCUUUAAGAAAUAUUAGAAUUAAAAGUUACACAUUAUUCUUGUCCUGGAAGAGUGAAUUUUCACUUGCAUAUAUAUGAUAGUGUAAUUUAAAUGUAUAUUGUAAGAUAUUUCUUUUAGAUUUUUUCUCUAAGAGUGGGUAGAGAUAAUAUUUCCUGUCUAUGGAAUAUUGCUAUAAAUCACUGACUGGCAAUGUGUUUCCUUCAAACCUUGGAUGAAACUGAGGGUGACCGUAAAUAUCUGUACAUUUUUGUUACACGUGGUGGAGCAAUGAUGAGAGGAUUUGGAGAAUGCGGAUGAUAGUGUCAGUUAGACUGCUUUCUUAAUGACCCAAGGAAAAUUAAUAUCAAUUAGGAAAACUAUGAUUAAUUA